AUGACUACAUGCCAGAAAAUCCUGGUUCAUCAUGCCCUUGGUCUUGAGGCUCCAUACGUGGAGCCAGGCACCAUGAUACGACUUGCUCCGGAUUGGUUUCUGGCAUCUGAAGUUGCGUGGUUUGGCAUGAACAAAAGCUAUGAGCGUAUGGGCCGUCCUGGUAUUCGCCGCAAAGACAGGUUCUGGCUGGCAGGAGACCAUGUCGUGGACCCACGCGUGAAUCACAGAACUUACGAAAAGUCUCUCAUUGAAGCCUGCGAUCAGAUAGCCAAAGAAAUGGACCUCGGAGACAAUUAUGCCGGACACAAUACCACGAUCAUGCAUACCGAGUAUUAUCGUUCUCGGUGUCAACCUGGCAUGCUUGUCAUUGGCGCCGACUCUCAUACAUCGUCCGCUGGGGCGCUCGGGAGUCUUGCAAUUGGCGUAGGCGCCACCGAUAUGAUCUUACAACUUGUCACGGGAGAGACUUAUCUCGAGGUCCCGGAGAUUGUCCGGAUCAACUUCAUCAACAGACCACCUCUUGGCGUCAGUGGGAAAGACGUUAUCCUUGGAGUAAUGCGCAAACUCCGAAGAAAUACUGUUGCAGCAGGCCGACUCGUUGAAUACACUGGUGAAGGACUGCAGUACCUAUCAUGUGAUGCAAGAUUCGCCAUCGCAAACAUGACAACGGAGUUUGGCGGCAUUGGUGCUUGCAUUGUUCCAGACGGGUUGACCAUGCAGUAUAUUCAACGCCGAAGGGACUUGCGACAUAAAUCGAACAGCCUGUACUUCCGUCCAGACGAUGAUGCACGGUAUGCCGAAUCAUUCGAUGUGAACUUGGCAGAAUUGGAGCACUUCAUUGCACUUUAUCCAUCCCCAGACAACGUCUUUCCGGUCUCAGAAGCAAAAGAGCGACUUCAAAAUCUGCAAGGUGUCUUCAUAGGAGCAUGCACCACGACUGAAGAGGAGUUAAUACUGGCAGCACUGGUUCUGAAGCAGGCAAUGUCUCAAGGCUGGAAAACCGUGGCCAAUGGUUUGCGGCGUGUUACUCCUGGGUCCAAUUCCAUCAUCGCUAGGCUGAAGGAACUACAGCUUCUGGAGGUUUACGAACAGGCCGGCUUCAAGAUUGGUGCCCCUGGAUGCAGCUACUGUGUGGGCAUGGGAGUUGAUAAGGCAGGCAAAGGGGAAGUAUGGUUAUCUUCUCAGAAUAGAAACUAUCGUGAUCGAAUGGGCCCAGGUUCAAUUGCCAACAUUACUUCGGCAGCAACGGUCGCCGCUUCCAGCUUCUCGAUGUCACUGCAAAGUCCCAUGGACAUCCUCGAAAAAGUUGACAUGGUCGAGUUUGACGCUAUGAGGAGAUAUGGCCCGCAAGAACCAAGACAAUUACCGGAAUAUAUCGAGCCGGGACUUCUUGCCGCUGUCUCGACGAAGAGCGAUACGGAUUCACAAUCAAAGGAUGAGAAGAUGCCACCAUCGCUCCCCGAAUUGAUUCGAGGGCGUGUGCAGCGGUUCGGAGACAACGUCGACACAGAUAGUAUCAUCCCGACCGACAAGUGCCAUCCUCACCUCACUCGAGAAGACGUUGCUCGUGGUGCAUUUUGCUACACUCGACCAGAGUUCUAUGAUCGUGCGCAGGCUGGUGCCUCGAUAGUCGUUGCGGAGAAGAGUUUCGGCUGUGGCUCUUCUCGAGAACAAGCCCCAAGAGCCUUAAUGUGGGCAGGCAUCCAAGCAGUGAUCGCAAAGUCGUAUGCCUUCAUCUAUCAGCGAAAUCAAGUCAAUAAUGGGUUAAUAGGAAUCAAAAUUCUGGAUGACGAGUUCUAUCAGCUCGCUAAAGAGGGUGAAGAGAUAGUUAUCAAUGUCAAAAAGCGGCAAAUCUGGUGUCAAGGAAGGACUUGGGACUUCAGACUCGAUCGGAUUCAGGAACAACUUCUUGCUGAAGGUGGUCUGAUCAACACGUAUGAGAGAUACGGACCCAGUUUAUUCUCCAAGCUGCAGAGUCUAGAUCAGAAGGCCAGCAAACCCUCGCGUGACGCUGUUGAUGUUGCUUUCGUUGAAAAGUCGUCGAAAGGAACAUCUUUGGAAUGGUGA